AUGAAAGGGUAUACCCAGUUACUCCACUUCAACACGGCUGUUCGUCUUGUAUUCCUGAACAAUUUCAGUAGAGUGUUCCGUCAAUAUGAUAAAUUUCUGGUCCCAGAACAAAUGGAAUCCAACGACCACAUGACCAACAAAUCCGCAACAUCCAAAGCAACAACGCAUUCCGGGUUGCAUGCAUUUGAUAAGGUCGGUUUUCUCAGUGACCAACCCGAAACGCAUUUGUCCUUUCUCAGUGCAUUCCUCGAAACUCAGAUGUUCACCAGCUUCCUCGAUAGUCGUUUGGCGAACUCCAGCACUGCAUGCCAAACUGCAAACUCCGGGGACUGGUCAGUUGUACACACCGGAUCGACUAAAACCAAUUUAACCGUUUUCGACCAAAUGAUAUCUCGCAUGUCCGAUCUCAGUCUGAACUUUCACAGUGGACCAAGCAAGCUGACAACUCCUGGGGAUGUUGGACCCAUACGUCCAAUGGCUGGUCAUGUACGAAGACCUGCCCCGUUUGGUCAGAGCGGUUCAAGUCACGGCGGGCUUCCCGUGCGUCCUGUUAACCAAGCUCCUCUCCCAGAUUUGGUCCCCGCUUCCGGUAGCCCAUCUCACCCAGGUUAUACGAGUUGCACCAUCUCCAGUGAACGCAUUCCUGACCCUGUGAUCAAUAAACUUACUCCAACAGCAGGAUUCCCUCCACUUCUGUGCCGCGGUGAUUCGGGUCCACUUGACGAUUAUCUUUCCAGUCUGCGACCGCGAACUGAUUCUCGUUUGGGUUGUUUUCCCCCACUAGCUCGAGAGUUGCUUAUCCCUCCUUCACCACUUUUGAGCUCCAGUCGACAUGAUCUGUUCGUUCCCUCGACUUACACGUGUGGCCCACAGGAACCAGAUGCUCGUCUACCACGGACUGUCUCCUUGUCUCAUCGAUCCACAGUAGCCGGCGCACCGACUAAUUCGGCGCCUGUUUCACCACCGUUGUUUGCCUCUAGUGGUACUCGAUCNGGGUACUUCAAUGUCUCCGACCCAUGGGACCGAAAGAACCGGGUCGCAGCUGGUUUCGGAUCCUUUGACACUGGCGGCUGUUUAGAAACCUCAUUCGAUCGCUUAGUGGCUCAUGGCGAUUACGAAGUAUCCACUGGCUGUAUUGUAGGGCUCGCGGCCUAUUCGGGGAAGUCGCGAGGCGCACAGCGGACUCAACCGUUUGUUCAAUCCCAUCAAUUUGCCGCCAUGCAACGUUCCGGAAUGGCGCAGGCAAACUGGGAUUUUGUUGACGCAUUGUUAGAUGAAUGCAAGCACCGGACCAAACGAAUGGUUUUGAAAAAAAUGGGCCGUGAGGCGGUCGAACUGGGUCACGGAGAUCCAACCGUGUCGGUGGUAGAGGAGAAUACAUUAGUUGCCGGGCUGUGCGAUUUGUUGGAGCGAAUUUGGUCUCAUGGUCUGACGACUAAGAUGGUAAGUGUAGUUCCGGAACUAUCCUCUUUACACCUUGUUGGUUUUGCGACCGCUCUGUGUGUUUACAACAACCUUGUUCUCGUAGCUUGA